CUCUUCUGGUCAGUUGGCUCGGCCGUUGUAAACAGACGGUGUCGGGAAACUGAGCUGAACUCCGGAUGAAUCCGACCAGGACCCGGACAGACUCUGAGAGAAGCACAAUGCACUGAGAGAACAUUGUCAGACCUUGGGUUCACGAAAGAGGGACCACAACAACCACUGGAUUUUCAAAGUCAGGAAACAAGGCCUCUCCGGUGUCCACAAUGACCACCCUGGAGGACGCUGACAUGCACACCUUCGGCCCCGAGCUGCCCGCCAUGUUCGACGGUGUGAAGCUGGCGGCUGUGGCGACCAUCCUCUACAUCAUCGUCCGUCUUCUGAACCUGAAGAGUCCCACCGCAGCACCAGAGAUCACCUAUCAGGACACGCUGCUCAACCGCUACCUGCUCAAGUCCUGCCCACUGUUGACCAAAGAAUACAUUCCUCCCUUGCUGUGGGGGAAGAGCGGUCACCUCCAGACGGCUCUGUACGGAAAGAUGGGACGUGUCAACACGCCGACGCCCAGCGGGGUCCGCAAGUUCCUCCACAUGCACGACGGGGCCACAGCGACCUUUGACCUCUUUGAAGCACUAGGAGACCACAGCACAGGAGACGACAUCACCAUGGUAAUCUGCCCUGGGAUCGGUAACCACAGCGAGAAGAACUACAUCAGGACCUUCGUGGAUCACUCCCAGCGGCAGGGUUACCGCUGCGCCGUCCUCAACCACCUGGGAGCUCUUCCCAACAUGGAGCUCACCUCGCCUCGCAUGUUCACCUACGGGUGUACCUGGGAGUAUGCAGCCAUGGUGGGCCACAUCAAACGGGCGUUCCCAGAUACGCUGCUGGUGGUCGUGGGCUUCAGUUUGGGGGGAAACAUCGUCUGUAAGUUUCUGGGUGAGAACCAAUCCAACCAGGAGCGAGUGCUGUGCUGCGUCACCGUCUGUCAGGGGUACAGCGCCCUCAGGGCCCAGGAAACAUUCCUUCAGUGGGAUCAGUGUCGAAGACUCUACAACUUUGUGUUGGCGGACAACAUGAAGAAGCUCAUCCUGACGCACAGGAGCACUUUGCUGGGUCUGAACUCCAGUAACAUCGGCGAUGCAGACCUGGGUCGUCUGUAUGCGGCCACGUCUCUGAUGCAGAUCGACGACAGCAUCAUGAGAAAAUUUCACGGCUACAGCUCUCUGAAGGAAUACUACGAGAAGGAGAGCUGCGUGCAUCACAUCCACAAAGUCACUGUGCCUCUCCUCUUGGUCAACUCCUCAGACGACCCCCUGAUUCAUCAGUCUCUCCUGGCUAUUCCACGCGCACUCGCAGAAAAGAUGCCCAACGUGAUAUUCGCCCUGACCCAACACGGAGGCCACCUGGGCUUCUUUGAGGGAGCCGUGCUGUUCCCCCAGCCGCUCACCUGGAUGGACAAGGUCAUUGUGGAGUACACGGACUCCAUCUGCCACUGGGAGAAGAAGCGCCCGGCCUGCCAGAGGAGCAGCCGCCCGGGCAUCACCUCCUGCCUGCAGAGCACAGAGCUGACACCCAGCGGGUAGCAAACGCACACGUUUAGGAGAAAAAAAACCUUCGACCAAAAAACACAAACUCAGCCUUCUGACUUCACUCUGCUUCAGUUCUUAAGGCCGCAUGGUUUGGUGAACCUUUUAUGGCAAACGCAGGGAAUGUGUAAAAAGGCUGAAAACAGGCAGGCUGAGAGGAAGCGGGUACACAAAGUUGUAAACUGAAACUCAUACAAGAUAAUAAUACUGGAAAAUGUAACAUGACCCUACGUUGAAUCGUUCCUUCCUCUUGUUGUUGUCGGCUUAACGCCAGCGUAAUAUGAGUUCACCCUCUGCUGGUAUUUGGCAGCUAUGCUUCUUGAGUCUGGAUUGUACGGUUAUAUAACGAGUCAGGGAGGGUCACACUUCAUGCAUAUGACCUUUGACCCUGCGUGCUUUAAGAAAAGACGUGUAUUAAGAAGGACUGCAGCCUUACUAAACACUCAGAUGUAGCUGCUCACACUAAUCAGACGUCAUCGCUCUAAAUCUGGAAAAUGAUCCUUCAAAUCUUAACCGUGAGACUUGAUAAGAUAUCUUUCACGUCACACCUCAGAAUAUGAUUCAUAUCUAAUCAAAAAAAGUGCCUUGAUAGGAAUGCUUAUCUGCAUCAAGUUUGAGGAAUCUGGUGUCUUGAAUUAAGCAGCAAUGUGUCAUUCAUCAUAUUCACACUGUGGCUGUUAUCCUUUGUUGUUACGCUCAGGGUGGGAACCUCAAAAGCCGUUAAAACAUCACCAUUUAACAAAUAACUGUGAUGUUACUGCUUCUCCUUUAAUCCCCAACUAAAAACACAUUUGUUAGUGAACCUCAGGAGGGACAUGAGACCAUAUUUCACAGUAACACACUGGGGAACUGGGUGAUCUGAUGGCUAGAGUUAGUCAGCAGCUUUUUGUGACAUUGAUACACAACACAAAUCAGAAGCUUAACCUUUUAGCGAUCAUUAUUAGUUAAUGAAAGUUUAGCACACUAGCUUACUAAAAGUUGGAUCACCACAAAGUUAGAUCAUUGAACAACUAUAACCUACUACCCUAUGAUAUCACGUUACACUAACUUUAGAAAGGAAGUGAUUGAAUGCUAAUGUAACAUGUAAUGCUCUUGACCUGAAGGCAUCAAUUCCUAGCUACCAAUACAGCAGCUUGCUAGCUGCUGUACGGUGAGUGCAUUAGCUUGCUAAAAUAGCACAAUAUUUUUAGCAUGCUGGAAAGGUUGAGAUUGGAAAACUGUAAUCACAAAGCUAAAGAAAUUUCCUUUGCUAACAGUAGUUGUUGCUAGUUUUUCUGCUUGUAUUGUUGACCUCUUUACCUUUGUUUGCAAGGAAGUAGGUGAACCUGUUGUCUAAUAGCAACUAAGUUAUAACAUGCUUUUUUAAACCAGAAGGCAUGAUAUCCUAGCCUAACAGUAGCCAGAAGAUCCCUUGCUAGCAGUAAUGCUAGUUACUACUCAUAUUAUUCAACUUACUUUAACUGUUAUGUUAGCUAGGAGGUGGUUAAAUCCUAACUUUACUUGUUGUCUUAAAGAUGCUUCUUCAACUUUAAAGCAUAUUAGCCUAGCUUACAAUGCCCUUGGUUGCUUUAUGGUUAGCUCGUUAGCUUGCUUAAAAGCGAACUAUAAAGCUUUAACUUAAAGGCCGACAAAAGAUCCCUUGCUAACAGUAAUGCUAGUUAUAAAGCUACACAUUUCUGCUCGUAUUAUUUAACACUCUUUAACUGUAAUUCUAAGCAAAGAGGUGCCUAAAUCCUAACUUUACUUUUUGUCUAGCACCUUGUGAGUUAUAAAAGAUGCUUCUCCAACUUUAAAGCAUAUUAGCCUAGCUUGAAAUGCCCAUGGCUUCUGCAGGGUUAGCUUGUUAGCUUGCUUAAAAGUGAACUGUAAAGCUGUAAUUUAAAAGCCAACAGAAGAUCCCUUGCUAACAGUAAUGCUAGAUAAUACUCAUAUUAUUCAACUUAAUACAUCUGUUAUGUUAGCUAGGAGGUGGUUAAAUCCUAACAUUACCUGUUGUCUAAAAUAUGCUUCUUCAACUUUAAGGCAUAUUAGCCUAGCUAACACUGCCUUUGGUUGCUGUCGGGUUAGCUAGUUAGCUUAGCUAACAGGUAGUCUAAAUUCACAGUUUAGCUUGCCAAAAAGUUAGCUUAUUGGAAAAACACAACAAACAUCAGAUCCCUUGCUAACAGUAAAAUUCACUAUAAAGUGAUGAUUUACACUGAUAUCAGCACCAUCUUAGUGUAAUGUUAGCAAAAAAGGGAUUUCAUGCUAAUACAGUCGGUUGUCUCACAGCAGCUAAUAAGUUAGAAAGCAUGCUAACCACACUAACAGCUACUACACGCUUAGUGAAAAAUAUAAGAUUUUUAUUAAUUUAGCUUUCAAAGAUGUUUGAUAACUGGGAAGCUGUUACUUUCUAGCUAUCAUUAGCUCCUCUGCUAACAGUUAUGCUAGGUAGAAAGUGAUGCUACUCCUCCUUGUGUUGUGUAUUACCACAUAGCUGUUAUGCUAGCUAGGAAGUUAUCUAUCUAUCUAGUAAAUUAACACUUGUUUUAUGGUCCGGUGUCCCUCUGGGUUUUCACUAGUUGUCUUUUUAGUUGCUAAUCAAUCACAAAGUUGGGAAAUUGUAAGGAUUUUUUUCAGAUUCAACACAUUUAUAUGAUUCACAUACUUUAAACACUCAUUAGGAAGUAAUAAAAAAGGUUGAUUUUCCCGCCCUGAGUGUGACAUCAGAGAAAAACGGCCAUCGUGUGGAUAUGGUUGAUAAUUUACGGUUUACACAGUGAUGAUUUCCAGCCUUUUUCAACUUCUAAUUUCUUUAACAUCCUCUAAUAAGGUCUUGCUUGUUCAAAAACACUUGAGCUGUUUAUUUAUAUAGACUAGAAGCAUCAUUUUGCAAAUUUAGAUUCAAAUCUACGUUUUUUUACUUUUUCACCCUUUUUGGUGGACCAUCAGCCUGCAUUGUUGCUGCAGACUUUCAAAAUAAAAGAAUCUGGGUGUUUUUGAAAUGUUCAAGUUAACACAGAAAGAAGCUUUUCUUUUUAUUAGUCUUUCUGUGUUUUUGUAAAAAAAAAAAAAAAAGAAAAGAAAAAAAGGGGCACAUCUUGUUCUUACGUUGUGCAGCUCGUCCUGUUCAUUGAUUUCUCCUACCACAGGUGACUCUUUUUUACAACUAUCUGCAGUAUCGUAAGCACAAUCAGACGAGUGUUAAAACUCUCAUAAGCACCUUUUUUUAAACACUGCUUGACGCAGUCUGCUUGAGCUGUGAGGACAAAACUGGGCCAAACAGUGAUCACAUUAAAUAAGAAGUACUCUCAGUUUAUGCAGUAUCCAUAAAAAACGGACCAAAGCACAGAUCACUGUCAGUAAGAAGCUGCUCACCUGUACUUUUUAGCGACUUUACUGCAGGAAGUAAUCACAUUAUACACAGUGGAGGUCUCACAUAUGUAGAUAUUACUUUGAACAAGGACUAAUUGAUUUGUUGCACAAGUGACCCACAUUUUUUUAGGGGUUUGUUAUAAGCUGCUUAAGCUCCCAUGCUGGACGGGUAGAGUUUGCCACAUAAAGAAUUACUUAAUACAGAGAACAGAGGAGAGAAGACAGGGAAAUAUAUCUGUAUUGUGCCUCAUCUCAUCAUAUGAUUCAUUCCUCUGUUAAAUGUAUCGCUCAAGAUCUUAGACACUGAUAUAUUUUUUAGAAAGUGAGCACCACCCGGUCAAAAUAUCCUUUGAUUUAAUGCAACUUUUACUAUCUGCUCUUCAAGAUUUGACCCCCAACCACAGCAGGUAUGUGUCUGUUGGUGCAAUAUGUCCAGCCUCUUAAAGAUACGGACCGCUCAGCCUGCACUUUAAUGUCUGUAGACUUACUUUGGUUUGUGUCGCACUAUAUGUGUCGGCAUAAUGGUGUACAAUGUAUAAUCAUUUGUUCUGAUGUGGUGCACAGUCAUGACUGACUGUCGUUUUAACUUGCCUACUAAUAAAUAUUUUUCGCAUAU